CUAACCGGACGGUUAACUACCCGAUACAAAUAGCGCCCACUUCUAUUUAUGAGCUAUCGUAGUUCUUAAAUGUUGUUUUCUUUUUAUUAGCGUCCGUGUCUCUGGAAGUUUCUUUUCGCUCUUGUUAUUCAAUUCCUGCUAUGCGUAAGAACUCAAAAAGAAUUGAAGCAUCCGACUGAAUUGGCUUAUAGUCGAUCACACUACAACGCCUCUUUUCGAUGGUGAAGGGUCAAGCAGUUUCUGUGAAAGAUACCGUUCACAAAUUGCAGCUUUGUCUUCUUGAGGGCAUAAAAAAUGAAGACCAGCUAUUUGCAGCUGGAUCUUUAAUGUCCCGUAGUGACUAUGAAGACGUUGUUAGUGAGCGUUCUAUAUCUAACCUCUGUGGUUAUCCACUUUGCAACAACUCUCUGCCAUCAGAUCGUCCUCACAAGGGUCGGUAUCGCAUUUCAUUGAAGGAACACAGGGUUUAUGAUCUACAUGAAACGUAUAUGUAUUGCUCUUCUGGUUGCCUUGUUAAUAGUCAAGCUUUUGGUGGGAGCUUACAAGAAGAGAGAUGCUCAGUUUUAAAUCCAGUCAAACUUAAUGCGAUUCAUAGGAUGUUUGAUAACUUGAGUUUAGAUUCUGAGCUAUUAGGAAAAAAUGGAGACCUAGGAAUCUCUAAUUUGAAGAUUCAGGAGAAGUCAGAAAUUAAUGUUGGGGAAGUAUCUUUGGAAGGUGAAUCAAAUGCAAUUGAAGGCUAUGUUCCACAGAGAGAUCGUGUUCCAAAUCCUUCUCGAAAAAAUCGUAAAGAAGGGUCAAAAGCUAUUUGUACCAAACCAGUCAGUCAAAGGGAUGAUUUCUUCAGUGACAUGGACUUCACUAGCACUAUAAUAACUAGUGAUGAGUAUAGCAUUGCAAAAGCCCCAUCCAGCUUAACAAGCUCAGUCUCUGGUGUUAAAUUACAAGAGAAAACUGCAAAAGAAAGUAAAAAAGGCUUAAAGGAUAAAUCAUCUUCUCCUGGAAAGCAGGACCCUAAGACAUCAAAAAAAUUAAAAGGGGGAAGAACUAAAAAGGUCUUAAAAGAACGACAUAGCAGUCAAGACCUACCUUCAUCUUCAGAUUGUACUCCUGAAGUUGAAGAAAUAUCUCAAGCCUUGAAAGCUGCAAAUUUGAGUGAAUCGGUCCUCAAACCCUCUCUUAAAUCUUCUGCUGCUAAGAAAUCUAAUUGCUCCGUUACUUGGGCUGAUGAGGAAGCUGAUAAUGCUGGAAGCAGAAAUCUUUGCGAGGUUAGAGAAAUUGAAAAGACAAAUACAUAUUGUGGCAUACCAGAGAGUAUGGAAAUAGGAGAUGAUGAUAACAUGUUGCGCUUUGAAUCAGCCGAAACAUGUGCCUUAGCAUUGAGUCUGGCAGCUGAAGCUGUUGCAUCCGGAGAUGCUGUUGCAAAUGACGCCCUGUCUGAAGCUGGGUUAAUUGUAUUACCUCCUCCACAUGAUUUUGGUCAAGGGGUUAACAUGGAGAACACUGAUAUGCUUGAACAAGAACCUGCUUCUCUCAAGUGGCCAACAAAACCAGGGAUUCCACAUUCAGAUUUCUUUGACCUUGAGGAUUCAUGGUAUGAAGCUCCACCAGAAGGAUUCACCUUAUCGUUAUCCCCUUUUGCAACAAUGUGGAUGGCACUUUUUGCAUGGGUUACUUCAUCUUCCUUGGCUUAUAUAUAUGGGAGAGAUGAAGGUUCCCAUGAAGAUUAUUCAUCUGUUAAUGGGAGGGAAUACCCUAAGAAGAUUGUUUUGAGAGAUGGUCGUUCUUCUGAAAUCAGGCUGACAGCUGGGAGUUGUCUUGCACGUGUUUUUCCUGCAGUCGUUGCUGAUCACAGGCUAUCAGUACCAGUAUCUACACUGGAGCAAGGAGCGGGGCACUUGUUGGACACAAUGUCCUUUGUUGAUGCACUUCCCGCAUUUAAAAUGAAACAAUGGCAGGUCAUUGCUUUUCUCUUCAUUGAGGCUCUCUCUGUAUGUAGGAUUCCUUCACUUGCUCCUUACAUGACUAAUAGAAGGAUGGUGCUUAACCAGGUGUUGGCUGGUGCCCGAAUAAGCGCAGAAGAGUAUGACGUUAUGAAGGAUCUUCUGAUGCCUCUUGGCCGAGACCCUGAAGCACGAGGUGGAGCAUAGUGUUUCAAAUACAUAUCAGUCCAAUGUUAUGGAUGGAAGUCGAAAACGUGAACUGUGGUUCUCUGGAAAAAUAUAGGUUUCAUGAGUUUAGUCCUAGACAUCAAUUUUGAUACUUGUGAUAGAAAAAAAAGAUGUCUUUAAAUCAUAUGUAUUGAUUCCCACUCUUUCUUUCUUCAUUUGUUGUUAUUAUAGUUUCUGGGUUUUGGUGAUUCUGAUUGCAACUUUUUAUUUGUUCAAGACAUUGGAUAUAUGUUAGAUAGUUAGCUAGCUUUUAUGCUGUUGUUAAGGAA